AUGUUUGAUUCACAUAUAGAAGAUUUAAUAGAGAAUAGAGUCAUGAAUGACGAAAUUACAAGUAAUAAAUCAUCACCAUCAUUAAGGAGUAUUCAACCACAAAUAUCAAGGGGUUUAAAAGAUUUAAUUAAUCAUCCACUGCCUAAAAGUAAUUUAAGUGAUAUUGGUAGUGUUGGAAGUCAAAAUAGUAGUAAAUCAACUACACCACAAUUAAAUAAAAAAUCAAAAACUACUGCUGCAAUAAAUUCAUCAAUCAAAUUUGCAAAUAGAAAAGAUCAAUCAUUAAGAGAGGUAGUUGAAGAAUGGAGAACUGAUUUCUAUCCUGAUUUAUCUUAUGAUUAUUUUAAUGAAAAUCCAAUAUCAUUAUCAUCAUCAAAUAAUAACAAUGAUUACAAUUUUAAUGGUAAUAAAAAUAAUGAAAAAGAAGAUGAUGAAGAAGAACAAGAAGAAGAGGAUGGUGAUGAUGAUGAUGAUAAUGAAAACUCAUCAACAGAAAAUAGUGAUGAAGAUAGUGAUGAAGAUAAUCAAAGUAAAGAGGAAGACAAUGAUAAUGUAAAGAAUAAUAGUACAUAUAAUGAAUAUAUAAAUAAUUUAAAUAAUAUGAAAGAUCAAAAGGUUGAACAAGUACAAGAGGAAUCAUUACUUGAACAAAGAGUUAAACAAUGGAAGAGUGAUAUAAGAACCGAUAUUUUAGAAUCAUCCGAAUUGUUUAUGGAACAUUUACCACAAAGAGUAUUUGAAAAAAAAGUAAUCUCUGAACUACCAAUGACACCUUCAACAAAGAAAGAACCAAUACAAUCACCAAAUAAUAGUAAUAAUAAUAAUAAUAAUAAUAAUAAUAAUAAUAAUAAUAAUAGUAGUAGUAGUAGUGGUAGUAGUGGAGGGGGAGGUAAAUCACAAUUUGAAUAUUGGAGAGAUAAUUUUAAUAAAACAAUGGAUGAAAAAAUGAAAGAAAAGAAAAGAACAAAUAAAAUUACAAUAACAUCUAAUAAAUAA